AUGGCAAACAGUGAAUCUCUGGAACAGGGUCAGAAUCACUGUUCUGCCAUCAACAGCAGCAGCACGCUGAUGCAGGGCAACCUCCCUACCCUGACUUUAUCUGGAAAAAUCCGAGUGACCCUGACUUUCUUCCUUUUCCUACUCUCUACCAUCUUCAAUGCUUCCUUCUUGUUAAAGCUUCAUAAGUGGACUCAAAAGAAAGAGAAAGGGAAAAAAUUCUCACGAAUGAAGGUGCUUUUAAAACACCUGACCUUAGCCAACCUCCUGGAAACGCUGAUCGUCAUGCCACUGGAUGGAAUGUGGAAUAUUACAGUCCAGUGGUAUGCUGGAGAGCUACUCUGCAAAGUCUUCAGCUAUCUGAAGCUUUUCUCCAUGUACGCCCCAGCCUUCAUGAUGGCAGUGAUCAGCUUGGACCGCACCUUGGCCAUCACUAGGCCUCUAACAGUGAAAAACAACAGCAAGCUUGGACAGUCCAUGAUUGGAUUGGCCUGGUUUUUCAGCAGUGUCUUCGCUGGGCCACAGUUAUACAUCUUUAGAAUGAUCCAUGUAGCGGAUGGUUCUGGGCAGACAGAAGGUUUCUCUCAAUGUGUAACCCACUGCAGCUUCCCACAAUGGUGGCAUCAAGCUUUUUAUAACCUUUUCACCUUCAGCUGCCUCUUCAUCAUCCCUCUUCUCAUCAUGUUGAUCUGCAAUAUAAAAAUCAUCUUUACUCUGACACAAGUCCUUCAUCAGAAUUCCCACAAAUUACACUUGAAUCAAUCCAAGAACAACAUACCAAGAGCUCGGCUGAGGACACUGAGGAUGACAGUUGCAUUUGCCAUAUCAUUUACUGUCUGCUGGACCCCUUACUAUGUCCUAGGAAUUUGGUACUGGUUUGAUCCUGAAAUGUUAAACAAGGUGUCUGAUCCAGUCAAUCAUUUUUUCUUUCUUUUUGCUUUAUUAAACCCAUGCUUUGAUCCACUCAUCUAUGGGUAUUUCUCUGUGUAA